AUGUCAGAUGGACCCCAGAUCUUAUAUCUAAUCACUAUAAUCAGAUUUAAGGAUCUUCAAUUGUCAACAAUAGGGAUUUGCAUAUUUAUCAAUCAGUCCACGUCCCUUUAA